GCUGAGAGGUGGGAAAGGGAGGGAAGGUAGGGUGAGCCUGUCUUCAGGAGACUAGAGGACUUUUUUGAUGCCGCUGGUGGGAGGCGCAGAUCCUCCACCCAAGGUCAAGGAUCAGGGAACAUUGAGAGUUUGACAGCGUCCCAGACAGACCUCCACCCCCUACUCUCCCUACACACACACAAAUACACAGGCUUGCACAACUGAACCCGAACUCCUGGGACCCAGUACAGUCUGGCUCACUGAGCUUCCACAGAGCCUGCUUCCAUAUCUGUAUCAGGAAAAUUGGGUGAGGCCAUUUGCCUCUGCCCCCUCUUUCUCUUUCAAGGCGAGAAUGUGUGCUGUUGGUUAUGUUUUGGCCCAUAUGGCUCACUGAAUGGUCUUCUGUGGAACCUGGAGUCCUUCUACCUUCCGCCUGCCUGGAUGGAGUCAGGCCAGGCUUAUUGGUUCCUUAGAUGAGUAGGAAGCCCGGCCUGGGUGCCAGUGUGGAAAGAGCACUGGAACGGGAGUCAGGCUGCGUCUAGUCCUAGAACUGCCACUGAGUGACUGCAUGACCUGAGACAAGUCACUUCUUUCUGAGUUUCUUCAUCUGUAAAAUGAAAGGACUCGACAGGAUGCUUUCUAAUAAGAUUCCUUCCACCUCUGCCAUUCUAGAUGUCUGGAUGUGACCUUCAGUGACUCUUCCCAAGACUUGGAGAUUUUCUAGUGAGGGAGUUGGGUGAAUUUCAUGUGGAGGGAAAGCAGAGCAAAGAAUUCUGUAGCUGAGCAUCUGAAGGAGCAGAAGGGAACCUCUGGGUUAUCAGAGAUUGGCUAUUUCUGCAGUGGAAAAAGAAAAAAAACUAACGCUGAGAGAAGUCUAAAUUACGGGGGAGCUUCCAGAAAAAGACUGGGUGACGCUCCCCAGUCCCCUGCCCCCCACCCCGGCAUCAUGCAUCGGACCACACGGAUUAAAAUCACGGAGCUGAACCCUCACCUCAUGUGUGCCCUCUGCGGGGGGUACUUCAUCGAUGCCACUACCAUCGUGGAGUGCUUGCAUUCCUUCUGCAAAACCUGCAUUGUGCGCUACCUGGAGACCAACAAGUACUGCCCCAUGUGCGAUGUACAGGUCCACAAAACCCGGCCGCUGCUGAGCAUCAGAUCUGACAAAACCCUUCAAGACAUCGUCUACAAAUUGGUCCCUGGGCUUUUUAAAGAUGAGAUGAAACGGAGGCGGGAUUUCUACGCAGCCUACCCCCUGACAGAAGUUCCCAACGGCUCCAACGAGGACCGUGGUGAGGUUCUGGAACAGGAGAAGGGGGCUCUGAGCGACGAUGAGAUUGUCAGCCUCUCCAUCGAGUUCUAUGAAGGCGUCAGGGACCGGGAAGAGAAGAAGGGCCCCCUGGAAAAUGGGGAUGGUGACAAGGAGAAAACAGGGGUGCGCUUCCUGCGAUGCCCAGCAGCCAUGACUGUCAUGCAUCUCGCCAAGUUUCUCCGCAACAAGAUGGAUGUGCCCAGCAAGUACAAGGUUGAGGUUCUCUAUGAGGACGAGCCGCUGAAGGAAUACUAUACCCUCAUGGACAUCGCCUACAUCUACCCCUGGCGGCGGAAUGGCCCUCUCCCCCUCAAGUAUCGCGUCCAGCCAGCCUGCAAGCGGCUCACCUUGCCCACAGCGCCCACCCCCUCCGAGGGCACCAAUACCAGCGGGGCAUCUGAGUGUGAGUCAGUCAGCGACAAGGCUCCCAGCCCUGCCACCCUGCCGGCCACCUCCUCCUCCCUGCCCAGCCCAGCCACCCCCUCCCAUGGCUCUCCCAGCUCCCAUGGCCCCUCGGCCCCCCACCCAACCUCCCCCACGCCCCCCGCCACAGCCAGUGGGGCCACCACAGCUGCCAACGGGGGCACCUCGAACUGCCUGCAGACACCGCCUUCCACCAGCAGGGGGCGCAAGAUGACUGUCAACGGAGCUCCCGUGCCCCCCUUAACUUGAGGAAAGGGACCCUCUCCCUCCUUUUCCAGCUAUGCCUCUCCACCCCUCCACUUUUUCUGGGCCCCCUUUUCCACCUCUUCUACUUUCCCCAGCUCCCCCCACCUUAGGGGUCGGGGAUGGGUUUUAUAAAUAAAUCUAUAUAUAUAUGUACAUAGGAAAAACCAAAUAUACAUACUUAUUUUCUAUGGA